GUAACCCGGAUGCGCCUGAGUUCCCAUCAUAUGCCCUGGGCAUCAACUAUACCAGCGCGAUGAAUGAGGAUCUGCCGCACAUCGUCACCUUUGUGAGAUCAAGCCAGCAGGCGGUGACCAUUGCUUUCAAAAUCGAGGACGCCACUGGGGCAACCGUGGUUCCACAAACUACGGUAAGCUUGCAGGCGUUGAGUAGCACUGUCCCAGCCUCUUGCACAUGCUCCAUGCCAACAAUUCCACCGGAGGUGGAAGGAACCUAUGGAGCGAACUAUGGAAGGCAGUGCCAAGCAUGGGACAAUGCAAAGUGCGACGAAUGGUGGGGCGACAUUUCGGUUGGCAAAUGGUGUUGCCGUCCAUGGUGCUAUGCCAGCAAAGAUUGUCCGGAUGCCUAUUCCAGCUCCUUGCUGUCUGGGCAAUAUUUCAGUUACGCGGCCUGCAGCUCCUUCAACCCGGUGACCCCAUGCACUUGGGAAACUGUCGCCGCCAACAAUGAUCCUUGCAAGUGCAAGAACGCGUCGUCCCUCUUCAGUGAUGACAUGAAAGCAAAGUUUUCGGGCGACUACGGCUCGACGUGUGGGAGCUGGGAUGUGCAGACCUGCGCUACAAACUACCGCCCAGAUCAGGUCGACACGUGGUGCUGCGCCAGCUGGUGCUAUGUGGACAAGGAGUGCCCCAGUGCAAUUCAAUCACUGAACCCUGGGAUGGAAGGCAUUCUGUUUUGGUCAGACAACGUUUGCCCAGAUGAUACGGCGUUGGUGGUGCAGUGCCCCUACAAGCCUCAGCCAAACGUAUCAGCGGAUGAUACGAGAUGCAACUGCUUGAACAUUACAAUGCCGUCGAGCAUCAUCGAAGGCUUGGGGUUGAAUGCGAGCGACUAUGCAGACUAUGGGCAGCAAUGUGGGCCUCAUGAUGCAUGGAAUUGUGAGGUAUUCUACCCGAACGCCGAUCAUGAUAUGUGGUGCUGCACGUCUUGGUGCUGGGUAGAUGCAAGCUGCCCAAGCAGCCGCGCAUCCACAGUUUGGCCUGGCAAGUUCUGGAGUACGGAAAGGUGUGACCUGGUCCCUGAUGUGGUCUCGGGCUGCAAAUACAACGUAGAGGCGUGUGCUUGCCGGGGUUCAUUGCCAAGCGGCGUCCUUCCGGACACUUUCGCCGCGGACUAUGGUAGCUCCUGCAAAGCUUGGGACAACACAUCUUGCAAAGAGGUUUGGUACCAUAAUCCGAAUUCUGGUUGGAACAGUUCCAGUGACCAUGAAUGGUGCUGCGAUGCCUGGUGUUACGUGAACCUGGAGUGUCCCAUCGCAAAGCAGUCUUGGUUGGGGACAGGCUAUUACUUCAGCUACGAAACUUGCGAUGAUCCCCCUGCCACCUACAAUGAGGCCGCAGACACCUGCGAUGCCACCGCGCGGCGACUUCGCGAGUCGGAUUCGGGCAGCGGCCGGCAGCUCUCCGCCCGACGUCGCGGAGGCGGAUUCUCCAGCUCCCGCCGCUCCUUCUCCUUUUCCUCACCUCGGCGCCGAUCUCCUUCUGCUCCCGCCACCGCCCCUCGGCGCCGGUCCAGCUCGGCACCCAGCUUCUGGAGCCCACGGAGGCGAGCACCAGUAUCUCCCCGCCGCCGCUCAGUGCGCCGACGAGCGCCCCCGCCACCCGUCCCCACGCCCUUGAAUUCCCGGCGCCGCGUCACAAGCAUGGAUGGAAACGUCUACACGGCAGGGCAGACUCCAUAUGGCUACAACAGCCGGCCAAUGCUCAUGAACAAUUACGGUGGUACCAUGCCCUAUCAAACUCCUUAUGGCUACUCCGGCUACAACGCCUACCCUCCCAACAACAAUCCCAACGUUGCCAUGUAUGCUGCUGGUGGAUUUGUGGUCGGUGCUGGCUCGAUGUAUGCCUACAAUAGCAUGUACGGUGACGCCUACAACUAUGAGAUGUUCAGCAGGCGACGGAUUUUCGGCUACCGCAAUCCAGAUUACUGCAUUGUGAAUGCUGAAGGAAGCCGACAAGGAGACUUCAUGGAAUGCCAGCAAUGCUACCGCUUGUAUGGCUUCAGCGAAUGUCCUUCAGCGCGCUCAUGCAAUACGCCAACGGGCUGCAGAUACACCACUCGCCGGA